CUUCCCGCUAGAGCCGGCACCAUGGCAUCCAGCAACCCCAACAUUAAUGGAACCGGCGCCAGCAGCUCCACACGUAUCGUCACCAAUGGUGCCGAUGGCCCACCACAAGAAGAAGAAACCCAGAUGAACCUCGACGCCACAACCUGGGACCAGAUCAUGGCCAAGUACUGGGCCUCCACCGCCGCCAACCGCGAACGCGAAGACGCCGAGCUGUGCGAGGCCUUUGCCCGAGAGGAAUCCGAACUAGCUGAUCGCCAGCUGAAGCUCGGUCAAGAGCGGGUCAAGCUGCUGGAGCAACUCAAAGCCAUUGAUCAGCAAUGGACGGAGAUCGAGGCGCAGAGGAAGACCAAGGAGAAGGAUCAGAAGAGGAGGUGUGAGACGAUUCGAGAGGAGAGGGAGAGGGACGAUAAGUUGAAGAGGAGUUGGUUUGAGGAGAACAGGAGGAAGGCUGCAUCGGGCGAGAAAGGACAGGACCCGGCAGGUUUGGCCAUGUUGGCGAAGAAGGCCCAGGGCGUGGCUUCUAUGGCCGGUGGUGAACUUUGCAAUGGGAGUGGCUCGACUUCGGGAUUGUCGUCGCAGCGGGAGACGCCGCUGAGAGAGGAACAGCAGCAACGGCAACGGCACGCGUUGCCUAGUCGGCCUAGGGAAGGCGGUAGGACACCAAGUGAGGAGCACGACAGGGCACAAGAACUCCAGCAACAACUACGCAAUGAACAAGAGCAGCAGAAGGAGAGGACUGAGAAUGGACUGGAUGGAAAGGCCGUAGACAUGGAUAAACUGCCCAAGGUUUAUAAUGGUGCAGGUACAUGUGUUGGUCAUGUGCGGCCCAUCAACUUGAGGAAUCACUUGACUAUGCAUGUCCAGCAGCAACCGAUCAAGCGCCACGUACAGAUUCGCCAGGGACGAAACUUCACCGCCGAGACAUUGGAAACCGUCUACGAACCGAGCGACAAGAAGGGCGCCAAGUGGUUGAGCUGUUGGAUUCAGGCUACGGGUCAUGUUCAGGAAACCCCUUGCGCGUCGUGCACAACUCGCCAAGGUGUCUUUCCGCAAUGUAUCAUCCUGGAUGCCGAGGGCUUCCCCCGGUGCGGUAACUGCGAGUGGAAUCGCCAGGGAUGCUGGGGUGCUUCUAAGCAUGCAGACCACGACAUGGCCGAAGCCAACCCAAAGGCCGGGAACGGAGAGAUGGCUCAGGAAGCUCCCGUUGUUACCAGUGGCUUUAAAGCUGUUAAUGGCACAUCGGCGAGCCAGAAGACCACCAAGGUGGUUAGCAACGGAGAUGAGCAGCCAGCACGAUCCAAACUGCCCUCAGGGCGCAAGUCCCUUCCGAGCACGCGCAAGUCCAGUGUACAGCCCGACUCAAUCGCCCCAACGCCCCUGGAAGGCAGCCCAGCGCCCAACGACAGCGAUCACGCAGAAGAUCUUCCUCCUAUCAACCAAGCGAACCUCGCCCUCCGUGACGACGGGACUGUUUUCACCGACCCCCCUUGCAUGCGCGGCGUUCCCCUUGCCAGGAUCGGCCCCGACCAUCCCUAUUGGGAUCCUGAAUGGGUCGCGCUCGAAGAGCCGAUCCAAGCCCAACUCGCCAAGUGGUCGGAGAAGUACGAGAAGUUGAAAAACGAGGGCGGCGCGGCGUCGACAAAAUAUCUGGCUGGUCGUCAACAAAACAGGGGCAAGUUGGUUUUGGACUUUCUGGCAAAGGGAGAGUUCCACCCUUAUCAGCUCAUGGCAAAGCACCUCAUCAACAAAGCAUACAUAGGCUAUGAUAACUUGUACCGCAUGGUGCAGGUGCUGGAGGAACUCAAGAGGUUCAAGCAGCUGGACGUUUCGCCUUCACAAUGGCUUAGACACCGAUUGCACGAGAUCCACGAAGAGCUGGGCGAUAAGUUCAACCUCGGCAAGGCGGUGGAGAACCUCUACUCGGACCCCAAGCUUCGGCUACUUCGCAGCGAGAGCGGGUUUGGCAAUAUUGGUCGGCCGAGGGGCUACAAGCCCACGAUGGCUGAUAAGGGAGAAGAUGGACCAGCUCCCAAAAAGGCGACCAAGGGGACCAAGAGGAAGGCUGCUGCUGUUCCCGCGACAGAUGACCCUGUCAACCAGUCAGAAGAACAACUUCGUGUCGUAGACCACCAUCAAGCCGCCGACACAAGAGCCCCAUCUUCCCAUUCCUCACCCUCUACUUCAGAAGAAAUGGGUCAUCCAACCCAUGCGAUCUCCAAGCCUCCCGCAGCCAAACACCACCAGCCUUCCCCCUCCGUGACCCUCAAAAUCCAGGCUCCCCCCGAAGACCUCUACUACGAAGGCUACACCUCGGACGACUCCUACUCGGGCGAUAAGAUUACAGAAGUUGACUGGCGGCUAUUACAAGUUCGUCACCGGGAAAUGACUACCAACACUGGUAUAACACAAUACUGGCAUUGGUUGGGCGCCGGCGAGGACUUGACGGGUCGCGGAGAGGAAAACUGCUUUGAGCACCAAGUCCUCAAAGACGUUAAGGGCCGUCGCGUGACGUGGGGCGUCUACAAGGAGCCGAUUGAUUUCCAUCUGAGGUUGGACGAAAUUGAGGAGGUGGUGUAUGCGCCUGAGGGAAGUGGGUGUUUGAAGAUUUUGGUUAGUGUGAAGAAGGAUGCACAUCAUCAUCAUCGUCAUCAUGGGGAUGAGGACGAGGAAUCGCAGGAGGCGCAGGAGUCGAGGGGGGAUGUCUUGGCUUGGUUUAAGCGGGAGAGAACCAAGAGGAGGUUUUUGAGCUUUUUGGUGAAGAAGGGGAAGAGGGUGGUGAGGAGCACUGCGUACGUUUUGAAAUCCUCUGGGGAACAAGAAAUACCUAUGGUUGCUUGCCCAUGA